UCCUGCCGUAAAGGCAGUGUUUGGCGCGUGCGCACUACUUUUACCUCGCGGAUUCUCGACGCGACAUCUGCUGUGGAGGUCUUUCCUGUGCUGUCGGGCCGUCGCCAUGGUGAAGCUGAGCAAAGAGGCUAAGCAGAGGCUGCAGCAGCUCUUCAAGGGCGGCCAGUUUGCCAUCCGCUGGGGUUUUAUUCCUCUUGUGAUCUACCUGGGAUUUAAAAGAGGUGCAGAUCCUGGAAUGCCUGAGCCGACGGUUUUGAGCCUACUUUGGGGAUAAAGGACUGUUUUCUCACCUGGAUUUGGAAGCAUUCAUCGAUCAUAGACAACAUGCAAGGUGUGUGCUCUGGCUGUUAUAAGAAAUGAGACUUCAUUCAGAUGUUCACCAGUUGGAUGGCACAGGGCUUUUACUUCUCAGAUGUAUCUGUGACAGAGUGGAACCUCUACUGACUUAUUUAUGAUAGACUGUCAAAAUAAAUAUUUUUAACUGUG